AUGCGUGAACCUGGCAACUCGCAACGGUCUACUGGGGCUGGGAAGUGGCGCCCGCCGUCACCCUCGGCCUGCCAAUCCCAGCGAGUCUCCGGUCCCCGCCCUCAACAGACGACCGCGCUACGUCAGCGGCUGCACGCUCCGCUGCGCAACGCGGGCGUGGGCGUGGGUCGCAGUGCUGACAACUCAGGCUUCACACUUGGCCUCGAUGGGCCUACAAAAGCUACGACUCUUACUAUACCCUACAGCAGCAGAACCGGACCAGCUGCAGCCUGCCUGGAGGGUGUAGUGACAGUGCAACCUGGUGGCAGACUGGGGAACCUCGUGCUAGAGUACGCUUCUGCAGCUGCCGUGGCGCGGCGCCACCAUCUGCAACUAGCUGUCCCAUCCAACAUUUCCACGUUGCUGGCUGCCGUCUUUGACAACCUCACUGCAGACCCUUUGUCCGUGCUUCUGCAGCAGCCUCCGUGCCGGGGACAGAAUCUUACUGAGAACGAAGUGCUGAACGACAAACAGAGACAGCCUCCACAUCCACUCUCUGAAGAGGAAACGGUGAGAUGGGCACGGAGUAGGCACAUGCCUGUCAUUCUUAGUCGCUGGAUCAUUCUGGCAGACUACAUCGCUUCCUCCUUGGAGUUCCUCCGUCAGGAACUCCGUUUCCGGGCGGAAAUACAGGACGCAGCCAACGAAAAACUGGAUAAGAUCACAAGCGAAACGGCCCACAAAACUGGUUUCAACAAGACUCAGGUGUGCACAGUCGGGAUUCACGUACGCAGAACGGACUACGGGCAAUACAUGAGGAAGCGGUUCGGCCUGCAGCAGGAGGCCGGCCCCGCCUACUACGAGGCCGCAGCUGCAGCCAUGUUGGCAGACCUGUACAGCGAGUGCGCCGCUGUCGCCUUCGCAGUCACCAGCGAUGACAGCAAGUGGUGCCAACAGCAUCUGCUGCCUGCCCUCAACAGGAAUGCCUCAGCAGAUGCGGCCGCCAGCGUGGGGUUCUUGAUGUCAUCGGAGAGGCCUGCGGACGACUUGUGCCUUCUGUCCUCGUGCCAGCACCUCAUCAUGGCCUACGGCACCUUCGGGCUGACCGCGGCCAUCCUGUCUGGCGGCCGGACCAUCAUGUACGACACAGCCCGUCACGGCGCCCACCCACUGCCUGCCGCUCAGAUGAUGACAUCACUGGUCCCUCACUGGCGCCUCAUUCCAUAGCGCCAGCUACUCGCUCCAUCCCGAAGGAUGAAGUCACUGGUUCAUCUUCCCACAGCGCCUCCUGUUUGUCUCAUCCCAAACGAUGACAUCACUAAUAGUGUACUGUUCUGUGCGUAGCUCGCAAGUGAGAGGAGACUGUAGAACAUGUGAAGCAUUGAAGACGCCAUCUUAACUUUUCUCAACUUUUAUUACGAAUCCAUUCUCGAACCUUUUUGGAUUGACAACGUUUCAAUUUCAUUAUCAUACAUGCCUACAACAAAGUACAAAGUAUUGUAUAGUGGAUGGACUACGAGAGGAAGAAUUUCAUACAGUUGUUUCGCAAGCUAUAACCACCACCACGUUGUCAGGCGUUAAUACUAGUAUUUGAAAAAAAAAAAGACAGUCAUUACUUGUAACUUAUGUAAUAAGUAUUACAGUUUAUUAAAUAUUUUCUGUACAGCAGCCGGCCGGAGUGGCCGUGCGGUUGUA